AGAGUGAGUGGGUGGCUUUGUUACCUUUUGUUCUUCUUCUGUUUUGCUUUUCUUUUCAUUAACUAAAAAUUGAUUGAACUGCUUCAACUCAUUACCUUAGAUUUGGUUUUGGAUUUUGUUGCUACUUCUGUAUCAAAUCUCACCUGGGUAAGUCUUAUUUCUCUUACAUAUCAAUCUCUGCUUACAUUUGAGCAACACCCUUAUCAUAGUUAUUGGAAAGAACCCUGCUUUAUCCUGAAUUAGGGCUCUUGUAAACUGAAAGUCUGUAGCUUUUUGCAUUAUUGUUCUAGGGUUGUUCUGCUGUGUUUCUGUUGCUUAGCUAAUAUGAUGAUUAGGGUCUAUAACGAUUGUUAAUAGAAUGUUUUCUAAGAGAUUGAAUGGAGAUGCAUCUUCUCUUAAUACACAUUUUGAGGCUUUAACCGUCUCGCAGCGCCUCGUUAGAAGUGUUAGUCAUAAGUUGAGUAAAAAGAACAAUAGAUGUGAAGGAGAGGGUGAUGGUAAUGUGAAGGGCAUUUCUGUUAGAUGUCUUGGUAGAGAUGGAGGCUGUAAAGUUGGGGUUGAUACCAGCGAUGAAUGUGGUGAUCCCGCCAGUAGGAGAAGGUCGUCGAUUGCUAGUGAGGAAGGAAAGGGAUAUAAGCCACUUUGUGGUAAUGAUGAACCGGGUUUUGAUUGUUUCUCAUAUGGGGUUAGAGAGAAGUUUUGGAGGAAAUAUAAUCGAAAAGAUUUUGAACUUGAAGAUUCCACACAGAAUAGCCGGUUGCAUAUGUUUGUUCCUGAUGAUAUAUUGGAAAUGUGUUUGGUGAGACUCCCACUAACCAGUCUUAUGAAUGCUCGACUUGUGUGUAAGAAGUGGAGAUACUUGACAACCACUCCUCGAUUCUUGCAUAUCAGACGGGAGAGUUUGUAUCAAAAUCCAUGGCUGUUUCUAUUUGGGGCCGUUAAAGACGACUACUGUUCUGGGGAGAUACAUGUUCUAGAUGUAUUUCAAGACCAGUGGCAUAGGAUUGAUUCUGAUAUUCUAAAAGGACGGUUCAUGUUCUCUGUUGCUAGUAUGCUGGAUGAGAUUUAUAUCGUUGGAGGUUGUUCUAGCUUGAGCCAUUUUGGGAGAGUUGAUAGGAGCUCAUGCAGGACUCACAAAGGGGUAUUGGUGUUUAGUCCUUUAACUAAAUCUUGGCGCAAGGUUGCUUCCAUGAGGUAUGCUAGAUCAAUGCCUGUUUUAGGAGCAUCAGAAGUCAGCUCUGAUUAUUCAAUCAGUCAUAGUCGUCAGCACCGGCAAGAAAGGCGUUUUCCUAGGUCUCGAAUUGGCACGGCGUCAGAGGUUUAUGAGGAUCCUCACCAGCUUUCUCUAAGACGUCAUUACAGAUAUGCUUUUGACGAAAACGAGGUUUCAACAUCGCAUAGCAGAAAGUCACACAAGUUUAUAAGACAAAAAAGUAAUCAGCCAAAUGCUAAAAGCUGUAAAAGGUUUGUUUUGAUUGCUGUUGGAGGUCUUGGAUCUUGGGAUGAGCCUUUGGAUUCUGGAGAAAUUUAUGAUCCCAUUUCAAAUAAAUGGACAGAAAUCCAGAAGCUACCGAUAGAUUUUGGUGUUGUGUGCUCCGGGGUUGUAUGUAAUGGAAUAUUUUACGUUUACUCAGAGACUGACAAGCUAAUGGGAUAUGACAUAGAAAGGGGCUUCUGGAUAGCAAUCCAAACGUUUCCAUUCCCCCCUCGUGUGAACGAGUAUUACCCUAAACUCGUAUCUUGUACUAAUCGAUUAUUCAUGCUUUCAGUCUCUUGGUGUGAAGGGGAUGGUCAGAUAGGCCAGAGAAACAAGGCUGUGAGGAAAUUGUGGGAGCUAGAUCUUAUGUAUCUUACCUGGACCGAAGUUUCUGUACAUCCGGAUGCCCCGAUGGACUGGAAUGCUGCAUUUGUUGCAGAUAAAAACCUUAUUUUCGGGGUGGAAAUGUUCAAAAUCUUUGGCCAAGUGCUGGACUUUCUGACUGUAUGUGAUGUGUCGGACACAGGGACAAACUGGAGUCACAUUUCGAGGAAUCACAUGACUCAUGAAUUGGAUGCUUCUUCUUGCAUUACUAAAUCACUGGCUGUGCUUCAUCUGUGAAGUCCUUGGUGAAUACUGUCUUGUGCAGAAAACUCUAGGUGUUCAUAGACCAACAUAAGGCAAUUUUUGCGGUCCAUUGCGAUUUCAGAUUUGAGAUUCAAGCUUUGGACAAAUCAGUUUGCACCUGUCUGGUUUCUUCCGUUUAUUUUCUUCUCUACUGUUCAUAGAUUAAUCCUGUAUUCCCAAUCUUGUUUACCUGCUUACAAUUUCAUUAAUAACGAAUUUCACCUGUUUUCGUCUAA